UUACACAACACAGUUUCAGUGUCGUAAUCAACAUCUUUAGAGCUUUAAAAUAUCCCCGCCGCCAUAAACACAUUGAACGUCGUGAACUUUUCUCCAGACUGAGCAGCUGUGGGCUUUAAUCUGACGAUCCAGAGCUGUUGAUGAGCUUCCUGAGAGUCAAAGUUGUGGAUUAACAGCAGUGAUUCAUCCACAAACAGCUUCUCCAUUCCAGAGGCGGUGGGCCGGACAGAUGUGCUCCAGCUGUGAGCCAAUCAGGAGGCAGCCUGCGAGCAGAAUAAAGCCUGAGGAGCUCCGUCCAUGUGCAGGCGUGUUUGGAUCCAAGAUCUGCAGCAACAUGAUCAGGACGACGGGUUUGGGGGUUUUAAUGUGCGCUUUGGCUGCUCUGUCUUCAGCCAAACCAAGCCUGUUGGAUGAAGACAGGAACGUUUUUAGCUUCUCCUCCUCUUCAUUCUCCUCCUCCUUUGAAAGUUCAGGGGCGGUCUGUCUGAACGGAGGGAGUUCUGUCCCUGCUCUGAUUUCUGGUGAACACAUGUUCUGUUUGUGUCCCGACGGCUUUGAAGGGGAACGCUGUGAAAAAGUGAAAGCCGGUGAGUGCUACGAAGGCGUGGGUUUGUACUACAGAGGAUCAGUUUCCAGCUCAGUCAGUGGACUCUCAUGUGAACGCUGGGAUCCAGAAACCAGACGGAGAUAUCUGAGUUCAGACGUCAACGCUGGGAGACACAACUACUGCAGAAAUAUUCACUACAGACGGCGUCCGUGGUGCUACGUCUGGAAGCACCAGCAGCUACAGUGGGAGUACUGUGAUAUUCCACGAUGCCGCUUUGACUCAUUUCCCGCCCCACCUUCACCUUCACCUGCACCUGCACCCACCAAUCCAGAACCAGAUCUGACUUGUGGCCAACGCUCCAGACGAAAGCUGAUGAAGAUCGUGGGUGGAACAGUUGCCACUGUGGAAUCCCACCCGUGGGUUGCCGCCAUAUUUUGGCGUAGCAAAUCCAAGGAGAAGGUUUUCCGCUGCGGGGGAAGUUUGAUCUCCGGCUGUUGGGUCCUCACAGCCGCCCACUGCUUCCCCGACGGCUCUGACAGUAAACUGCGACGUUUCUCCGUCAUCCUGGGAAAAAACGCCCUGAAUGAGAGCGACCCAUCUGUGGAGCAAACGUUCAGGGUGGAAGAACUCCAUAUCCAUGAAGGGUUUGACAACAGUGAGGGAAACUUCAACAAUGACAUCGCCCUGCUGAAGCUGAAGGCCCGGCAAGGUCAGUGUACCAAGGAGUCCAACUCCGUAAGAACCGUCUGCCUGCCACCGCCUCACCAGAACCUUCAGCCUGGAAUCACCUGUGAGAUUGCUGGAUAUGGAAAAGAGAAGUACGGUUUGUGGUAUAAGUCUCAGUAUCUCAGGGAGGCCCAGGUGGACCUCAUCGCUGACGAUGUGUGUCGAGAAAAAGAUUAUUAUGGAAACAUGAUAACUGACAACAUGUUUUGCGCCGGGCGUCCCGACUGGAGCCAGGAUGCCUGCGAGGGCGACUCAGGAGGACCUCUGGUGUGCGAAGCCGGCAACAAGUUCUUCCUGUUUGGUGUCAUCAGUUGGGGCGAUGGCUGUGCGAAGGAGCGUCGACCGGGCGUUUACACCAGAGUGACCAACUACAACAGCUGGAUCGCAGAAAAAACAGGCCUGACUUCCAUCACUGCUGGAGCGAUGUUCCCUCAGAAAUGACUCUGAGUUGAUAUAAGCUUCUGUUCAGGAAAAGUUGGCAGAAUAAUUAGUAUUUCUAUAAUAAAUCCCACAAAAAGACCCAAAUUUGCAGUGAUUGUAGCAUACGAACAAGCGUUUAGAGAGUAUUGAUGCUAGAACUGCAACUACAGCCAUGGCCAUAAGUUUGGACACAACAUGACUUAUGUCUGUUUUGAUGUCUAUUACAGAACAUAACUAAUAUUUUUUGACAGCACCAGUUUAAUUAGUCAACAAAUCAACAAGGGAUAUAAUAUUAUCAAUAAAUUCCAACAAUUGGAACAACUUUGUUCCCAAAACAUAAUAUUAGAAGAAAAUAACAAAAAAAAUGCAGUACUUUCACAACCAAAUUUGGUAAGAAUAACAAAACGACAUCAAACUCUUUUGAUGUUUUUUUAAAUAUGAAACUUAAUAUAGUCCUCAGGAGUUGUGUAUUAUCACCCAAACACUUCAGUAUUUUGUGGUAUUUUCUAAGAUUCACAUGCGUCACGGUACUUGUGUCCAAACUUAUGGCCAUGGCUGUAUGCAUCAAUUAAUUGUCCAUUUUUUAAUUAAUCACCAAUUAUUUUAAUAAUUUAUUAAUUGUUUUAAUCAAUUUCUUUGAAAAAAAGCUUAUAUUAUGUUUGGCAUCCCUGUAGAUGAUAUUGUUUUGGAUCAGUUAUAGAGACUUUAACUCUACAAUUUGUGUUUUGACUAUUGCACGUGUUCAUAUGGCACAUCAAUGCAGAAAUUAUAUAUCUUACAGCCUUUGUAAAUACAGUAUCAUAUAUAUAUAUAAUGCAGCUUUACUUUCUGCUGGGAGGACUUUAGGUUGUUCUGUGGUAUUUGCUGCACUGACUGUUAAGCUACUCAUUUUUAUAUUUCACAGAGUCAAAUGUUUGGACAGACCUGCUCAUUCCAGGGUUCUUCUUUAUUUUUUACAGUUUUCUUCAUUGUAGAACCAAAGCACAACAGAACCGCUCAGCUAGAAAAGCAAAAUUGUAAUUCUCCAACAGUGGAGGCUGCAGUUUAAGGACCACAAGCACCACUACCAAAUUUGCUGAUUUAACGUGUGCAACCCAAAGUUCUAAUGUUUUUUUCCACCCAACAAACUGUCUGGAUAAAUGCUUAUAGCUUGACAGGUAUAUUUCACUCAAAACAUUACUUUCUGACCAAAUAACUGUAGCUCUGACAGUUCAUUCCACCCACUUUGUGCCCAAGUACUCAAAGAUUUAAGGGUUCAUUCCGCUCAAGUACUACUUUCUGACUAUCGAGUUAUGGUUUGGACUUACUCCAUACUACUUACAGUUUUAAUAGUUUAUUCCACCCAAAAUAUUACUUUCGAUCUCAGCACUCAUAGUGUCAAAGCUUUAUUCCAUUCAUAAAUACAAAUUUUUAUUGAAGUAUUUAUAGUUUUAAAGGUUUACACUGCCAAAAUGCUAUUUUCUGUCUAAAGAAUCUAUUGUUUCAAAGGUUUGUUUCACCCCAUUUACUAUUUUUUUGUGUGGUAUUUAUAGUUUUAAAGGUUUACAUUGCCAAAAUAACACUGUCUGUACAAGUAGUUACAGAUUUAAUAGUUUAUUUCACCCAAAAUACUAUUUUCGAUCCGAGCCCUUAUAGUUUCAAAGCUUUAUUCCUCUCAAAAAUACAAUUUUUUGUUGAAUUAUUUAUAGUUUUGAAGGUUUACACUGCCAUAAGACUACUUUCUGUCCAAUGGAUCUAAUGUUUUAAGUGUUUAUUUCACCCAAAAUACUGCUAUCUGUCAAAGUACUUACAGUUUUAUUGGUUUCUUUCACCCAACAUACCACUUUUGAUCCAAGUACUUAUCAUUUCAAAGCUUUAUUCCACUCAAAUAUACUCAUUUUUGUUGAAGUAUUUAGAGUAUUAAAGGUUUACACUGACAAAAGGCUACUUUCUGUCCAAUGGAUCUAUUGUUUUAAAGGUUUGUUUCACCCCAAAUACUACAAUACUACUGUCUGUCCAAGUACUUGCAGUUUUUUAAAAAAUUGCACCAAAAUACUUUAUUUUGCAUUGAAGUACUUAAAGUUUUAAAGGUGUUAUCCACCCAAAAUGCUAAUUCCUAACAAGCAAGUGAUAGUUUUAAAGGUUUAUUCCUCUCAAACAUAGUUAGUAGUUGUAGCUAUACAUAGUAAAUCAUUUUUUUUUAUCAGUGUCUGAACUAGAAAACUAGAAAAACGGGCUCCCUUUUUGACUAAACAAGUUCAUGAAAAACAAAGCUCUUACAAAUGUGGUCUUGACAAAGCAGCGUCCUCUACUGUAGACAGAUUAGUUACUCAACUAAAGAGAAAAAUAAUCCAUCAUCAUUUUAAGACAUGAAGGUCAAAUCAACCCAGAACAUUCAGGAGAGUUUCUCCAAAAAGCACCAAAAUCUGUGAAGAAGCUGCAGGAAAGGAAGAAGAACUCCUUUUUAAUUCAGAAAUCACCACCAGACAGCAGCUCAGAUUGAGCUGCAUCCAAAUGUUUCAAACAUUAGACCUGUUGUUAUGUUUCUGUAGAUUAUUUUUGUGGAUUUUCUUCAUUUUAU